GAUAGGGUUUUGUCAUAAUGGGUCGAGUAGUAGCAUUCUACACCUCCUUUAUCUCUGUCUUCUUUUUAACUUGUCUGUUUUGGGUGACAUGAAGUCACGUGAAUGGCUUCCAGGCCUCUUCUUCUUCUUCUUCUUCUUCAACUUACAAGACCCUUAACACUAUUAAUUAGGUCCCUUUUAGCCCUUGUUAUUCAUUAUACACCGUUUCUUUUGUUAUCUAUACAUACAUAUAUAUAUAUAUAUAUAUAUAUAUAUUGUCCAUCUUUUACUAGACAUAACAGGCAGUCUCUCUUUUUCUCUCUCUCCAUGACUCCAAUCUAUGAUCUGAACCAACCGUCCUCUUCUUUUACACUAGUGGAGCGAAAAGAUGAUCAACAACUGCAACUCUUCCUGUCACCUCAUCAUCAUGCUGCUGCUUCUUUCUCAGGUCCUACUUUCUUCAACACACCCCAUCAAGACCAUACAGGAUCAAGCAAACCUAUUGGGGACUCAUCACAUCAGCAUGAUCACAAGGUUGAUAAGUACAUAGCACCCAUCAGAUCGAGCGAUCACAGACCCCUUUCUUCAUCUUCAUCGUUGCAAGCAGCCGUAAAUUGUAAUAUCGGGAUCCACAAAUUGCCGCCAUUUAAAAGAGAGGAUGAAGAUUAUCAGAAAGGAAGUGGCGAUGAAUCAUCCAAAUGGAUGCCCUCAAAGAUGAGAAUAAUGCAAAAAAUGAUGAACUCUAAUUGCUUUGAGUUCAAUGAUAAGCCAGUGAAAUUUACAGUCAAGUUUCAAGAUCACCAACAAUAUCAAGCUACUAACAAUGAGAUAAACUCAUCCUGCAGCAACGGCAACAACAAUAUUAGAGUCUGCUCCGACUGCAACACCACCACUACCCCUCUUUGGAGGAGUGGCCCUCGUGGCCCUAAGUCCCUUUGCAAUGCUUGUGGGAUCCGACAAAGGAAGGCCAGACGUGCAAUGGCGGCUGCAGCAGCAAUUGCAAUGGAGACAUCAUCUACAAAGGCGGCUAAGGUUAAGGAAAAAAAGUCGCGCACAGGCCAUGCAUCACAAUGCAAGAAACUGUGCAAGCCUCCUGAUCAUCCACCACCUCCUUAUAAUCAGGGCCAAAAGCCAAAAGUUAGCUUCAAGAAUCUGGCGCUAAGUUUAAGCAACAAUUCUGCUCUUCAACGAGUGUUUCCAGAGGAUGUUGAAGAAGCAGCAACGCUGCUUAUGGAAUUAUCAUGUGGUUUUAUUCACGGUUGAUUUUUCCUUUUCUUUUUUUGUUCAGAUAUAUAAAAUAAUUUGCUCUAGUCAGUUUCUUUAGUUAAUUAUAGGACGACUCAAUUAGGUAUUACUUGCCAUUUUAAUCUGUUUUCUUGAUUGCAAGUGAGAGAUUUUUAAUUUCUUCAAUGUUGCAAUCAAAAUUAUGGGAUUGCUUUCGUUUAAGCUUCACUUGAAAUAAUGGAAAUAAUAAUAAUGGUAUUUUGUGAUAA